AUGAGUGCUAAUAUUGACGAUGUUCCUGUUGAAGUUUCCAAAGUAUUCGAUACCAUCUUGGUAUUGGAUUUUGGUUCUCAAUACUCCCAUUUAAUUACUCGUCGUUUGAGAGAAUUCAAUGUUUACGCUGAAAUGUUGCCAUGUACUCAAAAGAUUGCUGAAUUGUCUUGGAAACCAAAGGGUAUCAUUUUAUCUGGUGGUCCAUACUCAGUCUACGCUGAAGAUGCCCCUCAUGUUGAUCAUGACAUUUUCAAAUUGGGUGUUCCAAUUUUGGGUAUCUGUUAUGGUAUGCAAGAAUUGGCUUGGAUUAAUGGUAAAGGUGUUGCCAGAGGCGACAAAAGAGAAUAUGGCCCGGCUACUUUGAAUGUUGAAGAUCCUGAAUGUGCUUUGUUCAACGGAGUUGAUCACUCUCAAGUUUGGAUGUCACACGGUGACAAAUUGCAUGCCUUGCCAACCGGUUUUAAAGUUGUUGCUACUUCAGACAACUCACCAUUCUGUGGUAUCUCCAAUGAAAGUGAACACAUUUACGGUAUUCAAUUCCACCCAGAAGUUACACACACUGUUCAAGGUAAGAAAUUGUUGAAGAACUUUGCUGUAGACAUCUGUCAAGCCAAAACCAACUGGAGCAUGGAAAACUUUAUUGACACUGAGAUUGCUAGAAUUAAGAAAUUAGUUGGACCAACUGCUGAAGUUAUUGGUGCUGUUUCUGGUGGUGUUGAUUCUACUGUUGGUGCAAAAAUUAUGAAAGAAGCCAUCGGUGAUCGUUUCCAUGCCAUUUACGUUGACAAUGGUGUUAUGAGAAAAAAUGAAACAGAAAGUGUCAAGAAAACUCUUGAUGAAGGUUUAGGUAUCAAUUUAACCGUGGUUGAUGCUGGCGAUUUAUUCUUGGGUAGAUUGAAAGGUGUCACGGACCCAGAAAAGAAGAGAAAAAUAAUUGGUAAUACAUUUAUCCAUGUCUUCGAGGAAGAGGCUGCUAAAAUUAAACCACGUGACGGUUCCGAAAUUGAGUAUCUUUUACAAGGUACUUUGUAUCCCGAUGUCAUUGAAUCGAUCUCAUUCAAAGGCCCAUCUCAAACAAUCAAGACUCACCACAAUGUCGGUGGUUUAUUAGAAGAUAUGAAAUUGAAAUUAAUCGAACCAUUGAGAGAAUUGUUCAAAGAUGAGGUUCGUCAUUUAGGUGAAUUAUUGGGUGUCCCAGAAGAUUUGGUCUGGAGACAUCCUUUCCCAGGUCCAGGAUUGGCCAUCAGAGUUUUGGGGGAAGUUACCAAGGAACAAGUUAAAAUUGCUCGUGAAGCCGAUGCCAUCUUUAUUGAGGAAAUCAAAAAAGCUGGAUUGUACAGACAAAUCUCGCAAGCUUUUGCUGCUUUGUUACCAGUCAAAUCAGUUGGUGUUAUGGGUGAUCAAAGAACUUAUGAACAAGUCAUUGCAUUGAGAGCAAUCGAAACCCUUGACUUUAUGACUGCUGAUUGGUUUAUUUUUGAAGCUGCCUUUUUGAAAAAAGUUGCUUCCAGAAUUGUCAAUGAGGUUGAUGGUGUUGCUCGUGUCACUUAUGAUAUCACCUCCAAACCCCCUGCUACAGUCGAAUGGGAAUAG